GGAAAAAAAUGAGUUCGGAAAACUCCGAUACUGGAACCGGCAUCGCCCUUUCCCUGGUUGCCCAAUUUGACGACAUAAAUCGAUUGAACGGAGUGUUAAACGACGGAGCUGCUGAAGAAUGUUUUCUAGCAUUUGUAAAGCAGAUGGAAUGGGUGCGGUGUCAAUGGGCAGCUGCAGAAGCGGAAUCUGCUCGCCUUCAAACGGAGCUGGAUGAAGCACUUCGCGCACUCGGCAAGUGGGAAUCCAAGUUUGCACAUGUGCGGAAAUUGUUGGAUAGCGAGAAGAGAGAGAGAAAUGUUGUGCUUAAAAAAUAUAGUGAGCUGAGUAAACUACUGGAUAUGGCAAGAGACCUCCUCUUCAAUGACAACCGAGCCAAAUUGAAUGAUGAGACCCUGCAAAAGCUGGCCUUUUUGAAUGGGACUGCACAGGAGCAUAAUGCCAAACUUGCCAAUGUUCCUGAGCUUAACUCAACUGGGACCCUCCUCUCGGAGAUGUCGUAUUCCCGGUCAGAGGACGACCUGGACUUCUCUCUGGCUUCGACGCGUCGCUCUUGGGUACAGCGCGGCGGUUGGAACGCAAGAGACAGCGCGCCUGCUAACAAGAAAAGACGCUCGUCUACUUCCUCCGCUACUAAGCAGCAGACGGUGGAGCUGCAAGGUGGCAAAGUACUGGCGACGGCCACCACCACGCUUACGCUCGAACGGGCGCCCACCUCUCACGACCUCAAGCCGCCACUCAACUUCCAACCGAUAUCUGAGAGCAGCGACGAGGGUCCCGCACCGCGUAAGUCGUCGUCUGCGCGAAUGUCGCGGCCCAAGGAAGAGUUGCCCACACCUACGGCGCCGCCACGCACGGACACGGAGAGUGGAUCCGAGACCCCCCGCGCCGUUCCACAGCGUACGCCGUCGGUGAUCUCAGCGGCGUACGGGGGCUCGCCGCGUACGAGGCCUCGGCAGCACAACUUCGUCGCCAAGAACUUCUACAAGAGAGAAACAUGCGGGCCCUGCGGCAAGACCAUCAAGUUCGCCAAGAUGGGCGUGAAGUGCGAGACGUGUCGCGCGCAGGCGCACCCCGAGUGCCGCGCGCUGCUGCCGCUGCCGUGCGUGCCGCCGGGCCCGCAGCGCCGGACGCACGCCGGACAGCAAGAGGGGUCCAUCGCGGACUUCGCACCAUCGACGCCGCCGAUGGUGCCGGCGCUGCUGGUGCACUGCGUCAACGAGGUGGAAAAGCGCGGCUUGGCCGAGCGGGGGAUCUACCGCGUCAGCGCCGUCGACAAAGACAUUAAAAGGCUCAAGGAGCGUUUCCUCCGCGGCUGCGGGUCGCCCCAGCUGGGAAACGAGGACAUCCACGUAUUGUGCGGCUGCAUCAAAGACUUCCUCCGUUCCCUGCGAGAGCCGCUGGUCUCCAGCGCACUGUGGGCAGACUUCAUGGACGCCGCCAAAGUGGCGGAGCCCAACGACGCUGCUGCUGCCAUAGUGCAAGCCGUGAGCCAGCUGCCACAGCCGAACCGGGACACGCUCGCUUUCCUUAUAUUGCAUUUGCAGAAAGUGUCCGAGAGUCCAGAAUGCGAGAUGGGGGUUGAGAAUCUGGCGAAGAUCUUCGGCCCCACUGUGGUGGGCUACGGACUCAUGACGCAGCCCGCGGAGAUGUACACCGCCACUACGCAGAUGUUCCAGGUGAUGCAGCUGAUGCUGCGGUUGCCAUCCGACUACUGGGCGCAGUGGGCCUGCCCGGCAUCGGAACUCGGCUCGCCGUUGACCAGCACGCUACCCAGACCUAGAGGAUUCUUCUUCUCCCCUAGUGACACCGGGAUAUCAAGAAAGAAGAGAAGCUAUUUCCAGUGACAUUUAUACACCUAAGUUUGUUUUAUUUAAUUACAAAAGCUUUCAUUUUACUAACAUAGAAUUUUUAGUUAGUUCGUGUAAGUGAACAUUUAUGUUAACGAGUUUUGUGUAAUAAGUAUUUUAAUUUAUUUUUAGAAGAUGCGAAUUAAGUUCUUUCCCAAGCAAGUCUUAUUUCUUUAGGUUCUGUAUAGGUGUGUAAGGUAUUAUUAUACAUUAAUAGCGCCUCGUUCAUCCCUAACUGCCGUAAAUAACAUAUUUGUUGCAACUAAGUAAUGGCAUGUUUACACAGGCUCGAAUGCCGCAUUCGGUAGACUCGCAUUGCCGAAUGAGGCGCAAUCGACUCGCUGUUUAGUACACCUACUCAUAUAAAUACAAGUUUACACAAAUGUUGCACAAGAAAUCGUUCGAAACGUUCCGUAAACUGAUCGGGUUGGUAGAUAUUGUCCGGCCCAUUAAUGUGAACUUUUUUUACACUAUCGAGUGACGGAACGAACAAGUCCUGCGCCUGAUGGUAAGCUACACGCCUGUCCAUAACAGUUGCAGAGACACGCGGAGCCUUAAAUCGAAAAUAUCUGAGGGGCACUGCCACUGUGCCUGUCACUCUGAGACAUAAAUUGACAAGUCCUGUGUGUCUGUAAUUUCACCAGCACCCUUACCCUUCCAAAACGAAACGCAGUAAUGUUCACACUUAAUUUUUAGUAGGCACAAAAUUUGUAGCCAAACGUUCCGGCCAUAAUCAUAUACUAUGUCUAGAAAUUAUAUUUUAAGCUUGGAAGGGUACAAAAGGGACAGGUGUCCAAAAACGGAGUUACGAGGUUUUCAAAUUUAGCCGAUGACGUGUAUGGUGGUGGGAGUCACACACCCCAGUGUGUGACGGCCCACAUUUUGACAAUUAAAUUUUGAGCAUACCUAUAUUUUUUUCUCGAUAUGCAAAAGGCCCAUCGUAAAAGUUAUUCCCUUUCAUGCUCUUAACGCGCCUGUCAAAUUAUGUCAUCUAAUAAAUUAUGUUUCACAAUGGAAAACGGGAUGAAAAAAAAAGAUAAAAAGGGUAAAAAAAUUUCAUGUAGUUUUUCUAUUGUUUCUUAAGGUUGGUUUACCCAGAAGGGUAUUUUUUCAUAAUAAUUAUUACUCAUAAUAUCAAUAUUAAUAAAAUAUUUUUUAUGAUCUGUGAGAUAUCUGUCAGUUUGAUAGU